GAGAAUGUCAAAAAUGAUUAACAUAUUGAUGUUGGCUCUGUGUUUGGUGACCAUGAGUACUUGCCACAAAGAUCAUGAUAUCCAGAGUGGGUUGAGAAAAGAAGAUUUAGAAUUGGAGAGACAACUAAACAUUCUUAACAAGCCUCCUUUAAAGAGUAUUCAUACAAAGUCAGGAUACAUAGUUGAUUGUGUUGACAUUAACAAACAACCAGCUUUUGAUCAUCCUUUAUUAAAAAAUCAUAAAUUACAGAAAAAACCUGUUUUUGAAAGCAAUAUUACUGAAACAAGAGUUCAAAAUUCAUCAAUCAAGCCUACACUCAUACUUGAGAAAUUUAGUUGUCCUAAAGGAACUGUUCCUAUUCGGAGGACAACCAAAAAUGAUUUAAUUCAACAAAAAAAGUUAUUCAAUGCUCAUAAUCUAACUCAAAAUGGUGGCAUAAAUCAUUUUUCUCGCGUGUAUAUGACAAAACUGCUUUCUCCUUACUAUGGGGUUAUUGGAACUACUAGUGUUUGGAAUCCAAAAGUUUAUAAAGGUCAAACAAGUUCAGGUAACUUAUAUGUCCAAAGGGGAGAAGGAGACAAUAUAAACAAAAUCACAGUUGGAUGGCAUGUGUCUCCAGAAUUUUAUAAUGACGAUCAAACUCAUUUAUAUUCGUUCUGGGCGUCAGGAAAGAAUGGAUGCUUUAAUAUGUUUUGCAAAGGUUUCGUUCAAGUUGACAGAUCACAUACCUUUGGUGCACCUAUCACUAAAACAUCUACCUACGACGGAGAGAUGGUGAACCUACCACUUAGAAUUUCUCAGGAUAAUAAAGGCAAUUGGUGGAUAAAAGUGAUUGACAAGGAUAUUGGAUAUUUUCCUGCUGCUUUAUUCUCAUCAUUGGACGGUGCUGAAGAAAUAGGAUGGGGAGGAUAUACAGUAACUCCUACGGGUACUGAUAGUCCUGCAAUGGGUUCUGGCCAUAUACCAGAUACUCACCCUCUUCAUGCAGCUUAUUUUAUAUUUGUUCAACAAGUGAAUAUAGUUGGAAAUGGUUAUGAUCCUGAAACAUAUGCAGUAGAAACUUACAAUGAUGCUCCUAAUUGCUAUGGAGCUACAAACUAUGCACAUAAUGGAAAACUUUAUGGGUAUUCUCUUCAAUUUGGAGGACCAGGUGGUAAUUGUAGAACUUAAUUAUGAUGAAUACCUUUUAAUUAUAUAUAAUAAAGAUUUUUAAUGAU